ACCCCCAGAGAGAGAGAGAGAGAGAGAGAGAGAGGUCCCCUCACUCCUCCUCAGGGAAGGAAGGCAUGGAAGGCGCCGGGAAGUGGUGGCUGCUGCUGCUGCUGCAACUCACCUUCGGACUCAGCCCCCAACAAGUGCAGUCAACAACCUUCAGAAUCACCACUCCUUAUUCGCUCUACAUCUGCCCUGAAGGUCAAAAGGUCACCUUGACUUGUAAGCUCAGUGGGACUCUUGCUAACCGGCAUGAUGCCUUUUCCAAAGUUUGGUACUUCAGCAACAAGGCCGACCAGAGCUGUUCUCAGCGAAAGCAUGUCCGCAAUGUCACAAUGAAGGAGUUGCAUCAUGAACUACAGAAGCAUCAUGGGCUACCUGCUGGCAACAACACUGCUGGAAAAGCCUCCCAGGGGCAGCAAGAAAACUAUCAUGGGGUGGAGACCUCCUCAGAUCACCAUGGCACCUUCCACCUUACCAUGGCGAAUCUUACUCUACAGGACAGUGGGCACUACUGUUGCUAUGUGGUGGAAUUCAAUAAGGAGCACAACAAGCCACAUGCCCAGCAACAGGCUCAUGGAGUCAUGGAACUACGCAUACAGAAAGCAAAUGGAACAUUUCCAAACUGUACACUUCAUCCUGCUUACAGAACAGAGAGUGAAAACAUCACUGCAGCUGCACUUGCAACAGGGGCCUGCAUUGUGGGCAUUCUAUGCCUGCCCCUCAUCCUGCUCCUUAUUUACAAGCAGAGGCAAGCAAUUACCAACAGACGUGCUCAUGAACUUGUCAGAAUGGAAAGCAAUGCCGAUGGUAUUGACAACCCUGUUUUUGAUGACAUCCCUACUGUUAAUUCAGAACCCAAGCCCAGGCCACAGUUAACCUAUAUGGCUAGACGCUUGCCUUCAGAGUCAGUUCGACACCUUCUUUCAGAACCUAAUACUCCACUGUCACCCCCAGGACCAGGGGACUGUUUCUUCCCAUCACUGGAGCCUGUUCCUGAUUCACCAAAUGUAACAAAUAUAUAAUACAUUUAUCCAUGAAGAAUGUUUUUUGCUAAAUCUUUCACACCAAUAUGGACAAGGUCUGGCUUGCUGCUUUCAAGAAUGGCAUAGGGAAUGAAUACGAGAGAAGAAAAGGGGGAAGAGAAGAUUUUAAAGGAUUAGUUCAGGAGGAGAAAAAUGGCAGACUUUUUCUGAGGCACAAGGUGCCUUUACUAAGAUUUUAAUAUACCGAUGUACUCCUUGACCUUCCUUCUCUCAAGGCAGAAGUAACAUUCUGGAAGACAAUGAUGUUUCAGGAUUCUUCAGCCAGCUUUUUGCUUUACUUCAUAGAACUGUUUAUCAUUUUAUGAAGAACUGUUGAAGCAGAAUUCUUAAAUGGGGUGUGGUAUUACUAUACCAGGACUGGAAAACAGAGAUUAUGUUUUUUAAUUGUAACCAGACAUCAAAGAGAUUAUGCAUCCACCACCGUAUGCCAUAGCUGAAGAAGGAUCUACCUGCCAUCCAAAUACCUUCUUCCAUGGAAAUGUGGAUUUAAAAAAAAAUCGGAAUAUUCUUUCAAGCAAAGUGUUCUAAGUGUACUAUAUCUUUAUACAGAUUAUAUUGUAUAUGUGUUAUUUUUAAAUUUGUACCAUUUUGGUGCCUCUAUUUAGUAAGCAACAAAGUAUUUUACAUGUUUCCUGGCUUGAAAUAUUACAUAUAACAUGAAAAACUCUGCAUACUUGACUGCAGUCAUAACCAUUUUUUCUUUGUUAAACAUUUCCUAAGUAUUUUAGGAACUCAAGCUCUGAUCCUAUACUCCCAGUUUUAUAAAUCACACUUUUAAUUUUCCUCUUAAUGCUUGAUAAGUACAUAUACGCUUAUGUGCCUUAAAGUAGUUUCAAACAUAUGGCUACCCCAAAGUGAAUGCAUCAUAGAAUUUUCUUGGCAAAAUUUGUUUAUAGAGUGGUUGGCCUUUGCCUUUGCCUUCUUUGAGGCUGAGAGAAUAUGACUUGUUCAAGGCCACCAUCUAAACCACUACACCACACUGCUAAAACAUCAAAAUUUGGGUAUAAUGUCCAAUCUAGCCAUUCAAACCCUGCUUUGCAAUGGGGCUAAAUUGUAGAACAGACUGUUUCUGCCAGGUUCAUCUUUUCAAACUGAUCUGAAUGUUUCAGCCUAGUUUGAUUUCUAUCAGUUAUAGAGGGGUUAUCUCUCAGAGACAAUGUUCAGUACAUUUGACAACGAUGCUACAUUUCAAGUGAACACUGAAAAACAUGUUUUAGCCAGCAUGUGUCAAUCAAGUUUAUAGUUCCUCUAGCCCACCAUUAAAACUGCAAUGGGAGAUAUGGUGGCUGAGGCCCAUUGGCAAAUCAUACUGCAUUCAUGGAUAGGUGCCAUCAAAUGUUUAUGGGACAUAUGGGCUUGUUGAGAGGGAGGAGCCCAUACAAUUCAGCAAGAUACUUCUGAAGCACCUCUUCUUUCUGCUUUCUUUUAUGCCACAUUUUUCAGUCUGUAAGCAUGUGGCUGGGACAAGCUACCUUUUAUUCAUCUCAUGUUAGGCUGCUUUGGGAGCCUAUUCAGGGUAAAAAUAUUUAAACAAAAAUAUCCAUAUAAAUGUUGAAAUUUACACACAAAAUAUGCAUUUAACAGAUUUUUGCUGGAAAACAGACUAUCAGCAGAUUAUAGCUAACUAAAAAUACCUUAGGAACAAAUAUAAUUGAAAUAAAAUGUUAAGAUAUUGCUAAUAUACAUCUUUGUGCUAGGGUCUGCUCUUGGUAUGUUUGAUGUUAAGCGUCCUUGAGAAAGAUUAACUACCUGCAACAGGAAUAUAAAACAAUGAUUUCUGGUCACAGAAAGAAAUGACCCCUGCUCUAUGUUCUCAGCUCUGAAGCAAGAAGCUAAUUUUUCUGUGUGGCUUCACUCUAAAAUAUAGGACACUCAAAAGGAAUUGGAAACACAGAUGAGGCUGACUAAUCCUCCUGUGUGAUACCACUAUAGUUUCAAUUGUGUCACACUGUAUUAAGGUAGCUUUAAAUACAUAAAUCCCUUAUGGGCAAAAACAGCUGUUGCACAGGUUGUGGUUUAACCUACAUACCAUUUUUAAUAGCCUGAAAUGACUUAAAUAUGAUUUCAAAGCUUCAAAAAGAUAAAAGGAUUAAAAAAAAUAUCUCUUGGCUAAAGUUGCUACCUAGAACUUUCUUAAGAAUGGCUGCAUCACUGAAACAGAUGUAAAAUUUCAGGGCUAUUUGGAAAAAAAUCUGUGGUUAUGUCAAACCAUAAUAAAAACUCUUUGGAAUCACA